AUGUAUGUGAAAUGGUUUGAUACAGUAAUGUUUUUCUAUGUAUUUUUACUGAAUGUCACUUUUUGUCAUUUUCAUAUUUCCCUCCGUACGUCCCGGCGUCGCAGGGGAUGGAACCCAGAAGACAGAUGCUGGCAUCCGCCGGAGGACAUUACAGGGGACACUGCAGGAGGGACAUCGCGGGAGCGCAGGACAAGGUAAGAGAAGAACAGAUCCCGGAGCAGCGCCGCAGGGUAUUCCCGAGUGUAGCUCAGGGUUACCGUGUGUGCUACACUCGGGAAUACUGCCAGGGAGGCUA